AUGGCGAGAGGGAUGUCAGAGGAGGAAGAAGACGCAACGCUUGCAAGGUGCAGGGCGAACAGGAGCAAGCGAUCACGAGAGAAGGAAAGUAGAGGAACAGGAGGGAUCGAGAUCGACAUCGUCGUCUCCAACAUCUUUGACGCUCUCGCCAUGUCGCGGGCGGUCGGCAGAGGGCGGGAGAAGGCGAUCAUCUUGCGGGGAGGGAUGCAUCGCCUGCACAAGACGCUCGAGCUCGGUCCUCAAGACUCCUUGACAACCUUCUUGAGCUUCCCCGGGGAAACAGCGACGAUCAGGACCCAGAGCGUCAAGGGCUACACACUUCUCUUUCCGGGAGGCAUCAGGGUCGGCUCCCUCUUCCCCGACUACAGGUACCAUGGAGAGGUUGCAUCCAUCGCAAUCUCACUGGUGGGGAGCAGCAUGGGAUACGGCGGUCCUGCAGACGUUUUCUCGCCUCCUCGCUCCUAUUGGGCUACCAAGAAACCUGCAGGAGGAGGAGGAGCAACGUUUGCGAGGGUUUCAGGGAUCCGUUUCAACACUUCGACCUUUCCUUCCUGCUCGUGGGAGGAAAGUUUCGACCCGCAGCGCGAUCCUCCGAUCCUGCAUGCCUUCCACGCUGAGCACUGGGGAAACUGGCAAUUCAGGCUCAACCAGAGCUCUCGACCUGAGCAUGGCGAGCUGACAUGGCACGAGGGAGGCUUCCAGGAGGCGCGCGGGAGUGCAGGAAACGGAGCAUCGGAGUGGUACGUGGAGAACGUCUGGGAGCUGACGGACUCUCCUUUGGAAUGGUACUGGGACAAGUCCGGAAGGACGCUCUUCUUCGUGCAGAACGGGACAUCCGAGCCUCCUUCGGAGGGGAUCGUGGCAGCCGGACUUGCGCAGGUGAUCUCGGUGGUGGGAGCGCCGGGUCGCCCCGUCAAGUCAGUCAGGUUCCAAGGGAUCCGCUUCGCACACACUUGCUCGACGUUCCUGCAGCCCUACGAGGCCCCCAACGGAGGAGACUGGUCCCUGCAUCCCCGGGGUAUGCUCACGAUCAGCCAUGCUGAGCGUGUCGAGGUGCUGGACUGCCACUUCCUCCGAGCAGGAGGCAACGGGCUCGUCCUCCGUAACCUCACCAGGAACGUGCGGAUAACCGGCAACCACUUCUCGUGGACGGGAGACAGCGCGAUCGUGCUGGCAGGGUUCGUGGAAGAUUGUGAGGACCGGGAGGAGACAGUCCCUCUCGACACCCUCAUCUCGCACAACUUCGCGCAUGAGCUCGGCAUCUGGGGGAAGCAAACAGGGUUCGUCUACCAGGCGCUCGCCGCGCGGACCAAGAUCACUCACAAUGUGGCUUUCAACGGGCCUCGUGCUGGAAUCUGCUUCACUGAUGGUUACGGGGGUGGGCACGAGGUCAGACGAAACGUCCUUUUCAACUUUGUACGCGAGACCAGCGACCAUGGCUUGUUCAACAGCUGGGACCGACAGCCCUACAUCACGAGGAUCAGGGAUGGCAGGACCUGGUCCCCCAUCCCCAAGACGUCUACCAUCAGCAAGAAUCUCUUCCUCAACGGCUACAGGAGCGUCUGGCCCAUCGACCAUGACGACGGCUCGGGAUUCUACCAUGAUCACCGCAACGUUCUUGUCUACGGAGGCUUCAAGAGCUUCUUGGGGAGCAACAAGACGGUAGAAAACAACCUCUACCUCUUCCCCGACGCCUUCGCCCGACAGUUUGGCUCUAUCUUCUGUGCUUCUGUCUGGCAGCCCGACCUGGGCCCCGAGGUCUGGCGAAGGAACACGUGCGUCAAGCUCUCCAACGAGAGUGCGCUUGGGGGGUGGUGCGGGGAUGCCGGAGCUAUCCUCUCCUACGGAAACAGAUACUUCAUGCCGCAUGCUGUAUGGAGGGCAGACUGUGGAUCGUCCACGAAGAGUAUGGAGGAGCUCCAGGCACGCGGGCUAGAACGAGGCUCCUCGGUCCUCAACUUCUCAUCGGCCGAUUUCGCGUUCAAGUUGGCUGAAAUCAUUCUUAGAUAA